AACGAGGUUAUUGGCGUGCGGGGUGCAUUCAGGAAGGGCAGGUCGGCUGCACGGUAUUUAAAGGGCCCGCAGUCGUCGCGGCCGAUUGGCUGGCCGGCUGGGGCGGCUCAGAAUAGAAUGCCAACCGAAAUCGCUGCUGCGCUGCUCGUCCUUGAGACAUGACUGCCGCACGCUUUGACGUCUUCCAAAGACAUCAGCGCGUCGUCGACCCGACACCAUGUUGGCCCUCUUCGCCAGGACCGCGCUGCGGCCCGGCGCGGUGAAGCCCCGCCGCCUGCCGGGGCCCGUCGCGCGCGCCCAGGUGAGGCCUCUGGUUCGCCAGGAGGGUUUGCCCAAGCUGCCCGUGCCGCCCUUGAAGCAGACGUGCGAGAACUACCUGGCCGCGCUGGAGCCCAUCGUCAGCGGAGAGGAGCUGGGGCACACUCGGAAGCUGGUGGAGGAGUUCCUCCGAGGUGGCGUCGGGGACCGCCUGCAGAAAGGCCUCGAGCGGCGGGCCCGAAAGACCGACAACUGGCUAUCCGAAUGGUGGAUGCAGUCCGCCUAUUUGGACUGUCGGAUGCCGGUGGCCGUCUACACCAGCCCCGGUGUGGUUCUGCCACGCAUGCGCUUCCAGGAUCGCCAAGGACAGAUGAGGUUCGCAGCUAAAUUGAUCGCAGGAGUGCUGGAGUUUAAAAAACUGAUUGACAGUGACACCCUCCCAACGGAGUACCUGAGCAAGAAGCCGCUUUGUAUGGACCAGUACAACCAGAUCCUGUCAUCUUGCCGUAUCCCGGGAACAAAGAGAGACACUGUUCUGAACCAACCAUUUGGCAAAACGCCUCCCACUCACAUUACUGUCGUUCAUAACUUCCAGUUCUUCGUUUUGGAUGUAUACAACAGUGACGGCACCCCGCUGACGGUAGACCAGAUUUACAUGCAACUGGAAAAGAUUUGGAACACCUCUUUGCAGACCAACAAGGAGCCUGUUGGUAUCCUAACGUCGCAGCAUCGUAACACGUGGGGAAAAGCGUAUAACAAUCUCGUUAAGGAUAAGACAAAUAAAGAGUCAGUUCGCGCCAUCCAAAAAAGUAUCUUCACUGUCUGUCUGGACGCUCCGAUGCCUCGUGUGUCCGACGAGCUGUACAAGAGCCGCGUCGCCGCACAGAUGCUGCAUGGCGGCGGGGCUCGCUGGAACAGCGGCAACCGCUGGUUUGACAAGACCUUGCAGUUUAUUGUUGGGGAAGACGGUACCUGUGGACUGGUGUAUGAACAUGCACCUUCAGAGGGUCCUCCCAUAGUGUUUCUCAUUGAUUAUGUUGUUAAGUACAUGCAGAAGACAGAAAUAGUCCGUUCCCCCAUGGUUCCUCUAAGCAUGCCUCAGAAACUGCGUUUUAACAUUACCCCUGAAGUCAAGAGAGACAUUGAAAAAGCCAAACAAAAUAUGAACAUAAUGGUGCAUGACCUGGAUGUGAAUGUCCUCAUGUUUCCUGAUUAUGGAAAAAAUGUGCCAAAGCAACACAACCUGAGUCCAGAUGCCUUCAUUCAAAUGGCUUUCCAGCUUGCCUAUUUCAGGAUGUAUGGCAUAUGUUGCGCUACGUAUGAGAGCGCAUCGUUACGAAUGUUCAAAUAUGGAAGAACUGACGUACUACGCGUAACCACCAAAGAGUCGUUGAAAUUUGUCCAAGCAAUGCAGGACCCAACAAAGCAGAACACAGAGAGAUUGGCACUGCUCCAGAAAGCUGCUCAGAGACACAAGGAGAAUGCCUACAAUGCCAUUCAUGGACAAGCCAUUGACAGACAUCUUCUGGGACUGAGGUUGCAGGCUAUUGAAGACCUCACAUCAAUGCCUGAGAUAUUCAUGGACACUUCUUUCGCUGUGGCUCACCAUUACAAUAUCUUAACCAGUCAGGUUGGUUCCAAGACCGACUGCGUGAUGUCCUUUGGUCCGAUGGUGCCUGAUGGCUACGGAGUGUGUUACAAUCCCAUGGACGAGCACAUCAACAUCGCCAUCACAGCCUUCAACAGCUGUGAAGAGACCAACGCGGCCAAGUACGCAAACACUGUAAAUGAUGCACUGCUGGACAUGAGAGCUCUUCUGGAGGACACAGCUCCGGCCGAGCGGUGAACCCGCCUCACUGACGAGGAACCGCAAUGCACUGAGAGUCCGCGGAGGAAACCUAUCGUUUGCCAAGUUUCUGAGGAACCGAAGUUGGGACUGUUGAGGCAGGGCCAUUCAAAUGAAACACAAGUCUCACUCAUGGAAAUGAACUGAAUUUUGCAUUUAUUUUUAAAAUGAAACAUUUAUAACAUUCUGAGCGGCACGGUGACCGACUGGUUAGCACACCCGCCUCACAGUUCUGAGGACCGGGGUUCAAAUCCCGGCCCCGCCUGUGUGGCGUUUGCAUGUUCUCCCCGUGCCUGCGUGGCUUUUCUCCGGGCACUCCGGUUUCCUCCCACAUCCCCAAAACAUGCGUGGUAGGUUGAUUGAAGACUCGAAAUUGUCCGUAGGUGUGAAUGUGAGGUGCGAAUGGUUGUUUGUUCGUAUGUGCCCUGCGAUUGGCUGGCGACCAGUUCAGGGCGUACCCCGCCUCUCGCCCGAUGAUCGCUGGGAUAGGCUCCAGCACGCCCGCGACCCUCGUGAGGAGAAGCGGAACGGAAGAUGAAUGAAUGAAUGAAUGAAUAACAUUCUGACUGCUUGCUUGCAUUUACUUGUUUCAUGACAACAGUUAAGUUGGCUGUAUCAGAUGCGUCUUAUGCAGGAGAAACAAUUGAGAAAGCUUAAUAAAGUUAUACAAAGGAA